UUGCGAGUGAUACUUAAGUGAAAAUAAGUGUUCAAAAGUCCGUGUUCACAGUUUUCAGAAAGAUAUACAAUUAAUAAAAACGCCAUUUAGAUGGGCGACCAAAUGAAUCGACAUCGAUUUCAAAUAGCUAAUUCGUAAGCGGUGUUGAUUGUGGACAACGGAAGGAAAGUCUCCAUACACAGCGAAAGUAACAACUUGUGAUGAAUGCGACUCCUUAUAACCAGUGCUAUACGAAAAUGACAUCACCGAUAAAAUUGCAUCGCAAAAGUAUCAUUUACUUCGAUUAAAUUUUUAGUGAAUUCUAUCUUGUGAUGUUAUCGAGGAUAGAGGGAAGAAAAGUUGCAACCUUGAAAGUUCAUUAUUGAAAAAAAUUUGCACAAUAUUUAAUGCGAAUUUAAAAAAUAAUGAUAACCAGGAUAUUCAUCAAGCUAGUAAUAGCGAGAAAAUUUAAAUAAUCGGUAAUUUCACUAUUGAUAAUCUAGAAAGUCAUUCUAUUUUAAGAAGUUAUCCUAUCAAAGACUGUGUCGACAUCCGUUCAAUCAAUCUGGUAUCCCUGAUACAAUAUAUGGCCUCAGAACUAUGAAUCUCAUACCAUAUGGACAAGUCUUAGUUUGCCCCCAAGUAGCAAUAUGUACACAUCAUGACCAUAUGGCGCACAUAUAUCAUAUGGCGACAGCAUCAUAUUCCCCCAGAGGCUCUCAGGUCCAGAGUGACAGUCAAUAUUGAUACAUCCUGCAAGUCGGAUCACCAACAAAAAAACAAAAACAAAAAAUGGAUGACAACUACCGAAAGUGAAGGUGGGCAAUAAUAUAGUUAAGAAAAUUAUUGGGGAAAUGAGCUUCUAAAAUAUUGAAGGUGGUCGGAUGGAGCAUUGGUGACCCUCUCGCCUUUCACAUAAACGGUGUAUGGUAACGUGAGUCUCCCGCCAUUCCAAGUAGGUUUUCUCUUCCUCUCACAGUUAGAGCCUCGUGCGAUUCCACCGGGAAAACAAGAGUGACAAAUAGAAGUAAAGCAAACAGAAAAAGUUAUGCUGAUAUGCCGUUCUAAAAUCAACACUAAAAAAAGACGUAACCUACUCUGAUGUAGGAUAAUAGUUAUAUUUAAAAUGUAAACAAAACAAUUAGACAGAAAUUGUUUAAUACGCACAUCUUGAUAAUCUGAUAUUUAUGAGAUUAAAUCAAAAAUAUAUUAAUUUAUAUAUUAUAAUAAUCGGAUGGAAUGAAUCGAGACUCAGACAGUGAAUAUAACUAAUAAAAUAAUCUUACAAUAAACAUAUCAACAAUAACAAUUAUAUUUUUUUUAAAUCGGAUACAAAAGUCAAACUUUCUAAGUGAGAUAACCUGCCCUGUGGACUAUAAUAAGGUUUUUCAGUAUGUUGCCCUGAUCUAGAACUUGAUGAACUAAAUAGCGCUUUCGCCUCUGGGUACUAAUUGUAAUUAAUGAUAUCGUUUGGUUCAAUCUGUGAUGACCUUCAUGUGACCAUUUAAACGGCGACAAUUAUGACAACUGGUGAUUAUAUUGGCUGUUAUAUAAACCUCGACAAGCUGUAAGUGCAGAGAAAGCGAAUAGUUAUCGGUCAAAUAGCUUGUUUUCAUAGAGCGUCGCUAUGUGUCAAACUACAUUGUUUACGUGGUUUUGUGUGGCGGUAUUGUCGACGGCGGUAUCUGGUUCCUGUGACAUCGGCAGUAGAUAUGGAGGCGAGUGGGACGGUGUACAGGAUCAUACGUACAGAACAGAAGACAACCUCGAGAUUCAGGGGUCUGACGUCAUCGGAUCUUUAAAUGACGUCACAACUGAAUACAAAUGCGAAGAAUCUGAUGAAUACGAAACGUUUUUCCUCUUGUUAACACACGAUAAAGCCAGCUACAACUGCCUUAGGUUCCACAUCAUGAUGGACUCGAUGGUUCAAUACACAGUGGUCACCAAGAACGGAUCUUUCGAGCCUAUAGAAAUCCCCGAAGAUCAGGAGGUCACCUUUGAAAAUCUCUGUAUGAAUGAAGAUAUGGAACCUGUCCUGGAUAUUGCAAGACGUUUAUAGAUUGUGUAUCAAUUGUAUUUAAGAUCUCCAUUGUAAUGAUGAAAUAAACAUAUAUAUAUAUACUUUGUCAUAGUACAUUAUGUAUAUAGUAAAUAAACACCCCGUC